UAUAGAUAUUUAGGAAUGUUUACGCUUCUGGUGGUGAUUCGUUGUCAGCUUGGAAUUCGUGAACCUGUUUAUGAGGUAGUGGAGGUAAAGACAUGUGGGACGGUAGCAAAAAGGAAAAUAAACAGAAGGCACUUGCUGAAGUCAAGCGGUUUACGUCCUCGAGAUAUCAGGAGUGUUGAUCCAUCAUUGUGGUUGACGAAUUCAAUGCCUGCUUUGCUGGUCCGUGAGCACGCAAUUCUGUUGAAUCUAGGUUCUUUACGGGCCAUAGUAAUGCAAGAACGAGUCCUUAUAUUUAAUUAUAACCGGAGGAAAGGCUUUCAUUGAUUCAUUGUUACCACGGCUAAAUCCUGCAAGCACAAAUGGAGUUCCAUCUAUGCCGUUUGUAUUGGAGGUUAGUCAGUUCAAUCAACAGCUUUACAUAUUGAAAAGAAUUGUAAAUAAUCUCUACAAUUUGAUGUGUAGUCUUCUGCUAUUUCAAAAAGUUUUAUGACUGAAAAAUGAUGGAUGUUAUAUUCUUGCCAGUAAUGAUACAUCACUUAGUUAACGAAAAUUCGCUUGAAGAACACUACUUCAGUUAAAAUACCAUCCCAAUGAUCCCUAGGGAGUUGCAGACAAAAAUUGUUAAUAUGCAUCAAUUC